UCUUCCGUUGCUCAAACCAUCAAUGAUCACACCUGUCGAGGAAGUGAUACGAUCGUACGCAACAAACCGUUACCGUCGCUACUCAACGUGAAGAAGAAAAGCGAAUUUCAAGUGCAAGAAUCAGCUGUAGGUCAGGGCUGAGAUCUACUGCUCGAAGUUUAUCCCCACAGUCUUCUCUCAUCCCCGCCUUCAGCGAAUCUCGAUGAGUCCGACUAAGAAUUUGAUCCCUAUAAAAUAAUGGCGUCAAAAUUAUCUCUUCACAAUACAAACGCAGAUCCUACAAUAAACAUCUGUGUUUGGAGUAGCGGAGGUCUUGUUCAGAUGGCUUCCAAGUUAAUUGUGCUGUUGGUAGUACCAGCACUAGUAACUUAUUGUGCUGCAACAUUCGGCAAAGAACACGUUCACAUUCGAGUGCAUCUUCUACCUCCGAAACAUCACGAACACCACGAGCACCAUGACGACGGUGGCCAUAAGGAAAUUAUAACUAUCCAUGGUGGCGGAGGAGGAUUCGGUGGUGGCGGAGGAUUUGGAGGUGGCGAUCACCAUGGAGGAGGAGGAGGAGGCUACGGAGGUGGCGGUGGAUUUGGAGGAGGUGGAGAUGACCACCACGGCGGCGGCGGCGGCGGAUACGGUGGUGGUUUUGGAGGAGGCGAUGAUCACCACGGAGGCGGAGGUUUCGGAGGCGGCUUCGGAGACGACCACCACGGUGGUGGUGGUGGAGGAGGAUUUGGAGGGGACGACCACCACGGCGGUGGAGGAGGAGGAUUUGGAGGAGGAUUCGGCGGAGGAUUUGGAGGCGGUGAUGACCAUCAUGGAGGAGGAGGCUAUGGCGGCGGUGGUGGACAUGGCCAUGGUGGUGGCACCAUUGUACUUAAUACCGCUGGCAGUUCCCUAGGAAGUUUACUGAGUGGAGGAGGCCAUGGUGGCGGAUAUGGAGGAGGUAACGGUGGUGACCAUCACGGAUCUGGCGGUGGUGGAGGAUUUGGAGGCGGAUAUGGUGGUGGUCACGAUGACCAUCAUGGUGGCGGCGGCGGAGGAUUCGGAGGCGGUUUCGGAGGUGGAUUCGGAGGUGGUGAUGGAGGUCACCACGGAGGCGGAGGAGGAGGCAGUUACGAUAGCCACCAUGGCGGUAGUGGAGGCGGAUUUGGCGGAGGAUCCUCUGGAGGUCACGACAGCCAUCAUGGCGGUGGCGGCGGAGGCUACGGAGGUGGUUUCGGAGGAGGUUUUGGAGGUUCUUCUGGAGGCGACAGCCAUCACGGAGGUGGCGGUGGAGGAGGAUACGGAGGAGGCUUCGGAGGUUCUUCCGGAGGUUAUGACAGCCACCACGGAGGCGGUGGUGGCGGAGGAGGUUACGGCGGAGGCUUUGGCGGUUCUGCUGGAGGCCACGACAGUCAUCACGGAGGAGGUGGUGGUGGAGGAGGUUACGGCGGAGGCUUUGGAGGUUCAGCUGGAGGCCACGACAGUCAUCACGGAGGCGGUGGUGGCGGCGGUUUUGGUGGAGGUUUCGGAGGUGGUCACGGAAGUGGCGGAUUCAGUCCUAGUGCUGGUGGCCAUGGUGGUGAUAAUGGCGGAUACCACUAUUAAUUUCCGUACUUCGAGCCAAAGUACCUCUCAAUCAAGUCUGUGUCAAUUAGCCCUUAAGUUCUUUAUUUAUCGUCACUCUUAUGUGUCUCGUGUGCCGUAUGAAUGUUCUGUAUAUAUUGUUAAGUUUUUACUUCGUUGUAAUAAAUUUUUAAGAACCUUA